CCUCUGCGGGCUUCCGUAGUUUGCGUUCCUUCACCCGGACAGAGUUGGUGGUUCGUAUGACGUCACUGGGUGUGAUGAAGAUGGCGGAGUGUGAGGAGGAGGUGUUGGUGCAGAGAGUUGUGAAAGACAUCACGAACGCGUUUAAGAGAAACCCGAGCAUAGACGAGAUCGGGGUGAUUCCAUGUCCCGAGGCUCGAUAUAACCGCAGUCCCAUCGUGUUGGUGGAGAAUAAGCUGGGCGUGGAGAGCUGGUGUGUAAAGUUCCUUCUUCCAUACGUCCACAACAAGCUGCUGCUGUACCGCCAACGCAAAUACUGGCUGGACCGGGAGGCUUUAGUGGACAUCACCUGCACUGUGCUGCUGCUCAACCCAGACUUUACCACAGCAUGGAACGUCAGGAAGGAGCUGCUGCAGUCGGGAGUCCUAAACCCAGAUAAAGACCUGUAUCUGGGACAGCUGGCCCUCACAAAGUUCCCCAAGAGCCCAGAGACCUGGAUCCACAGGCGCUGGGUUCUGCAGCAGGUCUUGGCUCAGUCCUCAGCCGGGGGUCGCAGCAGGAAGCAGCAGCAGAGAGAUGAAGCCGAGCAUGUUGAUGCAGAGAGAGGCCAGCAGCUCAGCGAUCACCUGGCUCGGACUCUUCAUCAGGAGAUGAAGGUGUGCUCUGAUGCCGCCUGCCGUUACCCGAGCAACUACAACGCCUGGUCCCAUCGCAUCUGGGUGCUGCAACACAUGGCCCGGGGCAACGUCAAGGUGUUUCAUGACGAGCUGUCCUCCAUGCGUCUCUGGGUGUCCAUGCACGUGUCCGAUCACAGCGGGUUCCACUAUCGUCAGUUCCUACUGAAGGAGCUGGUCUCUGAGCUCUCCCAGUCUGCAGCCUCCUCCGGCACCAGUUCCCCCCAGCACAGAACCAGUUCAGCCCCCAGCAGCCCCCCUCUCCCCUUACACAGCCACGCUAACGGGGAGCUGUCAGGGGGGGAGGGGGGAGAGGAUGAGGAGGAGAGGCAGCUCGGCUUCAUCACUGUCCUGCAGCUCUUUCACCAGGAGAUGGAGCUGAUCUCAGACCUGAUCCAGUCCUUCCCAGGACACGAGACGCUUUGGAGCCACAGGCGUCACGUAUUCUUCCUGUGGCAACAGUGGCGGCGGGAUCAGCAGCUCAGUAAUGGCGAAGGUGAGUUGGUCCUGCUGAAUGACGGGGAGACCCCGCUUCAGAAGGGCGAGGCUCUGAGUGGUGCAGGCCGGGGGGGAGAGGGUGUGAACGGACAGAGUCACAGUGAGGCCAUGGAGCUGGAGGGGGCGUCUUUACCUGACCCUCGGGACAGUAAACGUCUAAAGAGAGGGGUCCACCUGCCCGCCCCGCCCUCCCUGCCCUCUGAGUACACCUUCGUGAGUGCCGUGCUGGACAGCUGCUGUCCCCCCGAGCAGAGACGCUUCGCCCUGUCCUACAGGAAGUGGUUAGACACUGUCAUCGUCCAGAAGCCCUGAGAGGACAGAAACAUGUCUGCACUGACCCCUGCAGGCUCAGAUCUGGGUUCAGCUAACCCACCUGAGACAGCAGUCAGAACCUUCUUUACCUGCAGGCUCAGAUCUGGGCUCAGCUAUCCCACCUGAGACAGCAGUCUGAACCUUCCUUACCUGCAGGCUCAGAUCUGGGCUCAGCUAACCCACCUGAGACAGCAGUCAGAACCUUCCUUACCUGCAGGCUCAGAUCUGGGCUCAGCUAACCCACCUGAGACAGCAGUCAGAACCCUCUUUACCUUCAGGCUCAGAUCUGGGCUCAGCUAACCCACUGUAGAACUCACUCUUACUCCUGGUACUCCAGGUAGAAGUCCUGGAUCAGUCCUGGAUCAGUCCUGGCAUCAUGUCCGAAGUACUGAGGAUGAGUUCUGGUUCUGACCUGCCUGGUCUGAUCUUCCUGGAAACAUGUGGACCCCCUGAAGCUUCCCCUGAGCCUGGACCCCUUCAGGGAGGAACCCUGAGUCUGACUGUGUUCAGGUGUCUCAGGUCAAGGCUCCUCUGGUUUCUUUUUAUGAAGUGUCUUUUGAAAGGUUGAAAGAAAGCGAUGCUGUGAGGCUGCAGGAGGAUCAGGAGGAUCAGGGUCUGAGCUGAACCCGGACACAGCAGAACAGAUUUUAGUUUUUAAAUAUCACGUUUAAAAUCACGAGACGUCGUAAUUAGUUAACUAUAACGCACAUUAUUUAAGUAUUUAUCCAAAGUCCCUCUCCAUGCUAUGUUCCUUCGUCACAGAGAGAAACAGGCCGUCACAGUCUAGGUUCUUUCGUUCAUCUCUCUGCUCUGAUUGGCUGAGAGCGAGAGGUGAUAAUUAGACGUAUUUAUGGAGAACACGUUCAUCCUAAACAGUGUUUGUGAUCCUCACUGCAGCUCAUCUGUUUAUAAUUAACACUGUGUCAGUGUUCUCUCACCUGUGCAGGUGUCACAGCCAGACUCCCCCCCCCCCCCCCCCCCCCCCUCUGAAGGAGGUCACAUGUUUAACUCUUUUGUUGCUGCUCAGUAUGUUCAGUAAAUGCUAAUAAUGUAGCUCAGUGCUAACUGACAGUAGCUGCAGCAGAGUGCUAACAGUUAGCUGUUAGCUACAAGCAGUUAACCCUCUCACAGAGAUGUUAGCGUUAGCAGUUAGCCAUACUCAUGUUUGACUCCACAGUCUCUGGUGCUACAUGCUGCUGUUACUCUGCGUCUGUUACAGGUGAGCACAGGUGUGAACUGAGCAGCUCAUGAUAAUGAUUAUUAGAGACAGGCAUUAAUAACAAUCUCUUUGUUACUUAGCAACAGGCUAACAGUAGCUGCUUCCUGUCACUGCCCUGUAUAAAUAAACAAGUGACAUCACAAAGGUCAAAGGUCAAUGAUCUGUUUUUCUGUUUAAAUGAACAUUUUAUCAUUAUAUGGACUCAAAGCUCAUCCUGUCGUUAGCUUAGCACAUUAGCCUUCUGUCUGUCCUGGUGGUCAUAUAAACAGUUCACAGGUGGUCACGUGAUCAGUCCACAGGUGGUCACGUGAUCAGUCCACAGGUGGUCACGUGAUCAGUCCACAGGUGGUCACGUGAUCAGUCCACAGGUGGUCACGUGAUCAGUCCACAUGUGGUCACGUGAUCAGUUCACAGGUGGUCACGUGAUCAGUUCACAGGUGGUCACAUGAUCAGUUCAGAUCAGUUGAAUUCUGAAGUGACUUCAGACUUAAAUUGGACUCAUCCCUCAAAGACUUGAGACUCACCUGGGUCUCGACCCUCAACGCCUUGAGACUCGACUGGAACUCGACCCUCAAAGACUUGAGACUCAACUUGGACUCGACCCUUAAAGACUUGAGACUUAACUUGGACUUGACCCUCAAAGACUUGAGACUCAACCUGGACUCACCCCUCAAAGCCUUGAGACUCAACUUGGACUCGACCCUCAAAGACUUGAGACUCAACUUGGACUCGACCCUCAAAGACUUGAGACUCAACUCGUACUCGACCCUCAAAGACUUGAGACUUGUCUGGGACUCACCCCUCAAGGACUUGAGACUCAACUGGGACUCGACCCUCAAAGCCUUGAGACUCAACUUGGACUUGACCCUCAAAGACUUGAGACUCAACUUGGACUGGACCCUCAGAGACUUCAGAUUCAACUUGGACUUGGCCCUUAACAACUUGAGACUCGUCUGGGACUCAACCCUCAAAGACUUGAGACUCGGCUGCAACUAGACCCCCAAAGACUUGAGGCUCGACUGGAACUCGACCCUGAAGACUUAAGACUCGACUGGUACUCGACCCUCGAAGACUUAAGAUAUGACUUGUACUUGCCCAUCAAAGACUCAAGACUUUAUUUGGACUCAUAAACAAAGACUUGAGACUUGACUGGGACUCAGCCCUCAAAGACUUGAGACUCGACUGGCACUACACCCUGAAAGACUUGAGAUAUGACUGGGACUUGCCCAUCAAAGACUCAAGACUUCAAUUGGACUCAUGAACAAAGACUUGUGACUCGACUGGGACUCCACCCUCAAAGACUUAAGACUUGACAGGGACUUGACCCUUAAAGACUUGAGACUCAACUGGGACUUGACCCUCAAAUACUUGAGACUCAACUUGGACUCCACCCUCAAAGACCUGAGACUCGACUGGGACUCACUCCUCAAAGACUUGAGACUCAACUUUGACUCGACCCUCUAAUGCUUGAGACUCAACUGGGACUCACCCCUCAAAAACUUGAGACUGGACUUGGACUUGGAAAAAGUGACGCGUUUAAAGCCUCUGUUUAAAGACGUCUGAUUGGCUGGUCCUUAAUGAUCAGCUGUUGGCCCAGACUUCCUUUGCCCAUCCUCCCAUGCGACCCCUGACUUUUGUUACAGGCUGUGUGACCUCCUAUCCUCACUGUGUAUGGUGGAGUCUGAGGAAUCAGUGUUUUGUUGGUGUGAUGAUUAAGGGGGCUUCCGUAUCACAGGUGUAUGAUGGGAGAUUUGACCUUUGAACUUUGACUAUCUAUGCAGUGUAUUUAAAGGUUCACUGAGCUUUUUACAGAAACAUGUAGCUCCUGUUUGUUAUUCUCAGUGGAGGGUUUGUCAUUGAAUAAUAAUCUGUAGUGUCUCAUGGCCUUAUGGACUAUGUUCCUGUGACGUCACACUCGGGGUGGGAAGCUCGCAUAUUGUCAUCGUGUCUAACUCCUGUGGUACCUGUGAUUCCUGACUGUUAACGCUAACCAGGACGUGGCUGAAUGCUAACGUUAGCAGUGUUCUGAUGUUAGCUUACAGGCAGUCGGACAUAUUGUUAAUGUUACACACAGGCCAAUGUUACUCCUGAUUACCAUUGUCCAGCGGUGAAAUGUCCGCAGAGAAUCAGAUCACUGACGUUAACACUACCUACGCCCUGAAACGCCAGACAAUAUUUCAGCUUCCUACCCUGAGCGUGACAUCACAGGAAGAUGGCCGCCGUGGGACUAUGGUCUACCCAUUGGUAUUUAUUUUAGAUUAAACUGAUUUAUCUCUGUUUGUGUCUCAUUGUCUGCUCACCCACUCAAUAAACUCACCUGGGAUAAACA